ACUCAACCAAACGACCCCUAAAGUGUCCGUUAUGUGCAGGGUUUGGAAAAAGGCUAGACCACUUACCUGCAUUUUCACUAGAGGUUAUUUCAACUAUUUGAACACAUGACCUCGUGACAACAUGGCAACAACUCUACCGGUUACACCAAGAAUACCCUACCCUAGUACCCCUCAUGUUACAUGCUUUAUAUCCUGCAUAAUUAUUUAUUCUCAUUUCUCUGGAGGAUUACUCGUUUUCACAUCUGACUUGUCCACAUCCCUAAAUGUCUUGUAGAACUUGAGAUUCUUGCUUGUCAUUUGUCACAUUAGGAGACAAAGUUAUAGGAUUUAGAGUUAGUGAGUUCAGAAGGAAUGCAGUCUUAUUAUAUAUACACACGGUUCGAAUCAGAAAGCCUGCAUCCGCCUACGAGUUUAUAAUACAUAGUUAAUGAGGGAUACUCUUUGCAAGACAUAGCUACCCUUCUAUUUAUUUGAGUACAUAAACACGACAGAAAAAAACUAACCUAUCUGUUGAGCAUGUCUGAAUCUCAGACUCGUGUAAAACUUCCCAUUUUCGACAUUUCGAGGCCAUUGAGUUCAUCUAAUUCCCUAAAGUCCCUUUCUUUAGCUUGUAAAGAAUGGGGUUUUUUUCACAUCAGCAACCAUGGAAUUCCCAGAGAUUUAUGCAGACAAAUUCAUUUCCUUUCUAAACAGAUAUUCAAUCUCCCUAGUGAUGUAAAGCUCAAUGCUGGACCUUUUUCAAAUAUAAGAACCUAUACUCCUCACUUCAUUGCUUCCCCUUUCUUUGAGAGCCUCAGGGUUUCUGGACCUGACUUCUUUGCUUCUGCACAGAGCACUUCCCAAGCCCUGAUCAACCAGCCAAUUCCAGAAUUCAGUCAUGCAAUGGAGGUGUAUGGGAGCAAAAUGGAAGAACUUUCCAAAAGCAUUGUUGAGGUCAUACUGAUGAGUUUAGGUGCUGAAUUUGAGCAAAAGUUCGCAUCGGAAUUCAGGAACUGUCAUGGCUAUCUAAGAGUAAACAACUAUACUCCACCCGAAAGCACGGAAAAUGUACAAGAAGUUGAAGGGCUAGGAAUGCACACUGAUAUGAGCUGCAUAACAAUAGUGUAUCAAGAUGAAGUUGGUGGACUUCAGGUGAGAUCCAAAGAAGGCAAGUGGAUGGACAUUGAUCCUUGCCAAGACACUCUUGUUGUGAAUGUUGGAGAUCUCUUGCAGGCUUGGAGUAAUGGGAAAUUAAGGUCAUCUGAACACAGAGUUGUCCUGAAAGAGCCUGUGAGCCGAUUUUCUAUCGCUUUCUUCUGGUGUUUUGAAGAUGAGAAACUGAUUGUUGCACCAGAAGAGGUUGUGGGGAAGGACAAUUUGAAGGUCUAUAAGGCUUUCGUUUGUGCUGAUUAUUUGAAGUACAGAGAAAGCAAUGAGAAAGGCAAGUUUGAGAAAGUUGGUUUCACUGUCAAACAUUUUGCAGGUAAAUAAUCAUCUUUGUUAUAGCCAUUUCUUCUUCCCCUU